GGAAAAAGAAAAGAAAUUAGUGGGACGGACCUUAAUUAAGAACCUUGUUGGGUCGUCCUAAGAGGUACGUGUCGCGUUUUAAGGAAGAGGCGAAGUCGUCUUCUCCCUUCUUCUCUGCUUCUCCGCCGAUUGCAGGUUUGCGUGAUUGAGCUUCGUCAGAGACGGCCAGCGAUGAUGGGUCAGAAAGAAACUGGUGGGUGACAGAGCAGAGGUCGAUCAUCAAUAAUCAUCCUUCACAACUCCAAGUUCUUCUUUCUCCUCAAGAUCCAAAGCUGCUCAAAGAUCUCUGCCCUCAACUCUGAUUAAGUCCUGAUCCUGUUUCGUUGGUUCGUGACCAUACCGUGAAGGAGAAGCUUGUGGAACGUGGUGUCUCUGUGCAAAGCUACAACGGUGAUCUAUUGUUUAUUACCCCACCAGCUCAGUAUAGAUCUCCACAAAGAGGAUUUAUGGCAAAGCAAAGGGAAAAGAUAGAGCAGAAGCAAGCGCAUAUGGAGGAGGACAGAAGCAAUGACCUCAGAGGCUGGACUCUCGGUUUGGAAACAUGAAGGAAGCGAGAAUGAGAAGGUUUGCAGACCAGGGUACGUACGUGAGUGACUAAUAAGAAACUUAUAAAAUCCUACCAAUAAACUCUAUUUUUAUGAUUGUCCUUACCAAAAUUUCUUAAGUACAAAGUAAUAAUAAAAUAUUUAAGGACUCAAAUUUUGGGACAACCAGUAAUGAUGCUCUAAUAAAAAUAUUUUAGACGAUACAAAGAAAACUCUACAAAGAAAGUAAGUGAUUUGCGCCUGAAAGUCAUAUGCGACACGUGGCAUGAACUUGUCCCAAGUCAACGGUUUCUACGUCCUAUACUUUUUCGAUAUUUGCAUCCCUGUCCUCUUAUCUUAAUUUCCUUAGAAAAUCACCCCUUUCUUUCCCUUAUAUGUUUUGACCUUUCAUCGUUGCCAUUUUGCCAAAUGCGUGUUCGGCUGCACCUAACUCAUGGAACCAACAAACACCCCUCCACGUCUCUUUUCACAUAUCCACCUAUAUAUAUUCUUGUGAUUUCUUUUCUUGUUUUUUUGACAUACUUGUGAUUUCAUUUUGUUUAUUAAGGUCAUAAUCAAAAAGAGUAUGAUUUCAUUAUGAUUUCAUUGUAUAUGUUUUCGAGAAUAAUUAAACACGAGAGCUGAUGUUAUAUAAUUGAAUGAAAUAUAAGAAUUUUCGUUGGCAACAUAUUCCUUCAUCAAUGAUUUUAAGAACUCGUUGACUAAUACCAAGCACCAAGCAAAACGUUGAUCUUUUCCCUCACAUACCUUCACAAAAGAAUAAAAAUGUAGUAAAAGAAACUCAAGUUGCAAGAAGCAACAUAAUUGUUUCUUAAUAUAAACAGAAGUUAGAAUUCACAGAGUAAGAUAAAGAUAGAAGAAUGGUUUGGAGUAGUUGGAAGUUGAGAUGGAUAUUGCAGUUUGGAUUCUGCGUUAUGAGUUUGGGAUAUGCUUCAGUUUCAGGAUCAUUCUCCUUUGAAAUUCACCAUAGAUUCUCGGACCAGGUCAAGACCGUUCUUGGCGGCCAUGGCUUGCCUGAAAUGGGCACUCUUGAGUACUACGAGACCUUGGUUCACCGUGACCGAGGUCGCCGGCUAACCUCCAACAACAACCAGACGACUGUUUCUUUCUCUCAAGGCAACUCCACACAAGAAAUCAGUUUUUUGCAUUAUGCGAAUGUGACGGUAGGGACACCGGCUCAAUGGUUCUUGGUGGCUUUAGACACGGGAAGUGAUUUAUUCUGGUUACCUUGUAAUUGUAAUUCCAGUUGCAUACGGAGCAUGGAGACCGACCAAGGCGAGAGGAUAAAGCUCAACGUCUAUGACCCAACUAUAUCAACAUCAAGCUCAAAGGUUCCGUGCAAUAGCACACUUUGUGCAUUAAGAAACAGAUGUGUUUCUCCUCUCAGCGAUUGCCCUUACCAAAUUCGAUAUCUCUCGCCUGGAAGCAGAAGCUCAGGUGUGUUAGUGGAUGAUGUGAUCCACAUGAGGACAGAAGAAGGAGAAGCCAGAGAUGCUAGGAUCACAUUCGGAUGUAGUGACUCCCAAGUAGGGUUGUUCGAAGAAUCGGCUGUAAAUGGAAUAAUGGGACUUGCAAUAGCAAACAUAGCGGUUCCAACCAUGUUGGCCAAAGCUGGUGUGGCCUCAAACUCUUUCUCAAUGUGUUUUGGUCUGAAAGGGAAAGGAACAAUCAGUUUCGGAGACAAAGGCAGCUCAGACCAGCUUGAGACUCCAUUGAGUGGCACUCUUUCUCCGCCCUUAUACGAUGUGACCAUCACCGAAUUCAAGGUAGGAACUGUGACGGUCGAAACAGAAUUCAACGCGAUAUUUGACUCUGGGACAGCGGUUACAUGGCUGAUCGAGCCUUACUACACUGCUGUUACCACAAACUACCAUCUUCAAGUAGCAGACAGGCGACUUCCGGCAAGAGUGAAGAGUCCCUUUGAGUUCUGCUACAUUAUUACAUCAGCUACUGAUGAAGAGAAGCUUCCUUCAAUUAGCUUUAAGAUGCAAGGAGGAGCUACGUAUAAUGUUUUCAGCCCUUUACUUGUCUUCGACACCUCCGAUGGUGGAGAAGUCUAUUGCUUGGCCGUCUUAAAGGAAGUUACUGCCGGUUUCAAUAUCAUCGGACAAAACUUCAUGACCAACUACAGAAUCGUCCACGAUCGUGAGAGAAUGAUCCUAGGAUGGAAAGAAUCUGAGUGUAACGAUAAAAAUGGUUUCACGGGACCUACCGCUUCAGCAAACCCGCCAUCGCUGCCACCAAUGCCAUCUCCAAGAUUCAGAAACCCUUCUACGCGUUUGAACCCUCUAGCUACUUCUUCACUCCUCAUCAUUUGCUUCUUUUCUUUUGUAUGUUUGUGAAUAUGAAUUACAUAUACUACUGUGCAAUUGGUAAUAUUAUUUUCGGUUUAUACCAUCAGAGUGCAACUUA